GACGCUUUAACGUGGCGGAAGGCUGGGCCGAUAUUUUUUACUCGAAUUGGCGAUUUUUGAGAGAAAAUAAUACGUCAGUUAUUGUGCAUUUUGUCAAAUUUCUUGUGUGAAUAAUAAAGGACAGUUCAACAUGUCUUCUGCGGGAGACUUUGGUAAUCCUUUGAGGAAAUUCAAGCUGGUUUUUCUCGGCGAACAGAGCGUGGGCAAGACAUCUCUCAUCACAAGAUUUAUGUACGACAGUUUUGACAACACAUACCAGGCAACCAUCGGCAUAGAUUUCUUGUCUAAGACGAUGUACCUGGAGGACAGGACGGUGAGACUUCAGCUUUGGGAUACGGCGGGGCAGGAAAGGUUUCGCAGCCUCAUCCCAAGCUAUAUCAGAGAUUCAACAGUCGCAGUGGUAGUCUACGAUAUAACAAAUGCGAACUCAUUUCACCAGACGUCAAAAUGGAUUGAUGAUGUCCGGACAGAGAGGGGGAGUGAUGUCAUCAUUAUGCUAGUCGGAAACAAGACAGACCUGGGAGACAAAAGGCAAGUGUCGCGAGAUGAAGGAGAAAGAAAAGCAAACGAACUCAAUGUAUUGUUUAUCGAGACGAGCGCCAAGGCCGGCUACAAUGUCAAACAGCUAUUCCGCAGAGUAGCAGCCGCCCUACCAGGAAUGGAGACAACAGAACCUAAGAACACUGGAGACAUUCCUGUCACACUAACGCCCAGAGAGCCAGAUAAUGAUAUGCAACAAGAAGAAGGUGGUUGCUACUGCUAGAACACGCCCCUCCUCCCUAUUGGUCAACUCAUUUGUGUGGAUGUCUCUCAUUGGCUGGUGCCGCAAUUGUUCAACCAAUCAGCUUGUUUCUCUGUGAAGUACUGGGUAAUGUUACAUUUCACUCUAGUAUGUAUAUGCAAAAUUGCAAUCUGGUAAGUUUCGGCAAAUAGUCUGGUAUGCAUUUCAAUAUCUUUUUUUUAAUGAAUGUGAUAGGUUAAUUUCAAGGUGGCCCAUUAUUCCAAAUUGGGCCAUCAAUAAGUGCACUUGAUUGGGUGCAUUUUCAAAAUGGCGUCUCGGAGUGCCAUAUCAGUUAACACUCAUAGUAUACAUUUGCUAUAUUUAACAUAAUGUAACCUGCUGUACACGUUGAAUGUAUCGUAAACUAACUCAUGUAUUGGUGGUUUGUGGGUGAACACUGGGGGCCAGUAUUGGUGAUAAAAGCCGGGGGAACAAGGUUGACAUCAUUGUCUGAACACCAUACAAGACUUUUCCCGAUCGUCCGCUUAAUAGGGUUACCAGUUGCCAUUCUUAAUAUGUAAAUUAUGUGUGAAAUACCAGUAUUAUUGGCUAUAGUGCCUCAUGACUUUCAUCCAAUCAACAAGUUGUUUAUGUAUCUUCGUGGGCACUUCCUUACCUUACAUGUUCUGUGAUUGGCUAAUAAAUUUGCUUUCAGUUAGGCCACAAUGUGAAUUUUUAUUGGUUGCAUAGCAAAAAAUACUGAGGAUAACUAAAAUUUUAAAUGAAGAAAUACUGUGUUUUUAACUUUGGCUCCAUAUAAUUUGACCACUUAAACGCUUGUUGAUAAAACACAAUUUGAAACCAAUGAUCGACCUCGGGAUUAGUGUGCUGGCGCUCUACGAACUGAGAUUUCUAGCCCUAUGUUGGCAGUCUCCCUACUAAAAGAUGUGUCAAGAUUCUAGUCUUCGCUACAUUAAAGGAUCAGACUUUUUGAUGUCACAUUUGAGAGUCUUUUUUCAAGAAUUUUAGUCUGGAUGAUACUCAUUAAAUAGUUCAUCAACACCAAGGGGGCACUUCAUUAUAUUUGAAUUUUCUGUUUAAAAGAAGAAUCGGGACCAAAAUAGUGUAGAAUGCUUCAUGUUGAGAGCAGGGCACUGACUUCACUUGUUACCUUGAUUUAAUGAGACUCUACUCUAGCUGGUGAAUUUUGUGCGAAGGGUGCAAGUGCUGCAGUAAUCCAACUUUGUAGGGCUUAACUCGAACAGAGGGGUGACUAUUUAAUAAAGGAAGAGCCAUAAGUGUAUGGUUAUUCUGUCUUUGAAAUUCUUAUCAGUCUGAGUUGCUAUAGAUACUGGUUUUUCGUUAUUUUUUGUAAUGCAUAAAUAGGUUCUAUAAAUACAUGUAGAUAGAUGUUGUAGUUCACAGGGAGAUGUAGGAGGAAUAAGGAAGGCCUUUGUUGCGCCGGAAAUGCUUAAAAUAUCAGGUGGAUCAAUAGUAAAAAACAUUCAUAAUUUUGUUGUAAAUCAGGAGAGAGAAACUGCAAAGUCUCAGACUAAAUUUUCGCCAACGCAAAAUUGUAUGAAGGCAAAGAAAAUCAGCAUCAGAAAUGCAGAAGUGUAACCCUUAACAGAAAUGUCUGCAAGCUUGCCACAAGAUUAACUGCAAAACUUGCAGAGAGCAUGCAUUGUAACUGAAGAGAACAUGGCCGAAAAUGGUGUUAAUAUGAGUCGGGUGUUGUGUGAUUUCCAGAUGGCAUUUGUCUACAGUGCUCAUGUGGAGCUGGAGGAAUGAUGUCAAAUUGGGUAUAGGGCUUACGUAGAGAGAUGACAUAGGUCGUAAUUACUAGAUCAGGUUUCCAACUGGAUGGUGUUUGUUUCUAGCCUUGACAAAGCAAUCAAGCACUUGAAUGCAAGAGAAGAUUUAUAGGGAAGAGGCUGACUUGAUGAGCAAACUUAAUUGUCGGAUGAGGAAUGGAUUGGUGAAGGGCUUGUUUGGGAAAGAUUUCAGUAUACUGCCACCACUUUUUCACCCAUUUUGACCAAAAGGAACAUCUUAAUUUGAGUGAACUAGAUUCAUAUUUCUUUUGCGAAUGAGGUGGCUGGAUGCUCUAAUGUCCCCCUUGAUUGUCUUGGGGGGGGGGGGGAAUACAAAUUCUUUCCUAUUAUUUUGAGGUGUUUUAUUCCCACUUCAGAUUCUUUCAGAUUGGAAAAUUUAAUUAUUUGUUGGGUCAUUGAAAGCUGUUGAAAAAAGGGUGAUUUUCAGCACAGUGAAAUCUGUGGGAAAAAAAGAAAGUUAUUUUCAACAUGGUUCACAUUUAUUGCGGUUUAAGAAAAUGCAAAGUUUGUUUUUGUGAGUGUGAUGUUUUUGCACUGACAGAAGGAUUAGAUGCUUUUCUGGUUGUUUACGUCAAUGGUUGAAUUUUGACACGUGGGCUUGAGGCAAAUUGUACAAGUUCUGAAAACGAAAAAAUGUAGGGGGGUUUUGGUGUAGCCUGAACACCUGACAUUACAUUUCGAGGCUCUUGAAUAACGCCAGAGACCGGCCUCCAGCCGGCUUGUACAUACAAGUACCUUUGACCUACGUUAAUUUCACAUAGAGAUAUGCAGUCAAAUUCUAUUGCGGACGUGAUGGGAGUGUACUGUUUGGGCAUCUAUGGAAAGCUCAUGCCACUGUGCACGUUUAUCCAAUAUCAUAGUACAGACAGGGGUCCAGUCUUGGUUUGGUGUAGUGAUUCUGUUUGUUUGUUCUUGAAAGAUGGCGAGUAAGGAUCCAUUAGAAUCCGUAAACUUUUGAUUCAGUCUCUGGACAGAUUCUCUAGUCAAGAAGGAAAACUGGCAAUAAUUGUUUCAAAUUAUUUGGGGUUUGAACAAAGGAAAGUUGACUAGAGCGGACUUCGAGCCAAAAACCUCAGGAUUAACGUCCCGGUGCUCUACCACCUGAGCUUAUUAUUCCACAUACAUCUCCCUAGUUGCUAUUGGCAGUGUAAAUGUAUGAAGAAAAAAAAAUUGUAGUUACUUUUUAUAUAAACUUGAUGCAAAAAUGAUAUUUUCAAAGGAUUAUGUAUUUUAAUUAUAAAUAAAAAAUAUGUUGUUUUGUUGAUGUCAGCGCUUUUUGCUGAAGUAGCUACAGCCAUUUUUGAAUUUUACGUUUUUAUUUUAUUUCAACAAAUGUCGCAGUAGCUGUAGUUUAUUUUCUACAUUUUGUACAUAUUUGACGUUGACAAUUAUUUCUUAAAAAGAGUCAAGUGUGUUAAUUGGCCGGCAGUAUUUACAAAUAUUGAUGUUUACCACUUCAGAGAUUGUAUAGAUGAUAAACCUUGUCGUAUUUUGCUGUGUCUAGUCUUGAUUCGAGUUGGUAGUUCAGUAUUUUUGAUCCUGUAGGCCAAGAUCAAAUCUUGUGGAUGUUUAUUGGCACAAGCUAGUAGAAUUUGGUGCAAUUCGUACAAAAGGUUAUCCGAAUAUGCUUUCAAGGGUUAAAAAGCAUGUCGAACUUGCUCACUUACUAUAUUUGUCCAGAUAAUUUUUUUUAGGAAAGUAACAUCAGGGUGUCUGAAUU